UUGCGCCAAUUCUGCUAGCAUUGAUGGGGAUGAAGUAUGGAGCAGACUGAAAAAGGGUCUUGUUUUGGGAAACCAUUGUGUUUUGAAGCUCGAUAUGUCAUUCUUGAUAAUAGCCUACUUUCAUGGAAUUCUUUAAAAAACAGUUUUUCUUCUGGUUUUAGGACAGAAGAGACAUAUGAGAUAGUGUGGGAGAUUUGGGUUUGAGCACCUAUACACAAUAAACUUCCCUUCCAAUAAACAAAUGACAGUUCGUAUACUUCAAAAAAUUUUGGGCUGGCGGGAGACAAACCCAAGAAAAGAGACAAAUAUUUUAGUAAUUUCUUUAUUAUUUUCCAACCAUUUCUCUGUGGUCGCCCAACCUCUCCAUUUGUUUCUGCGCUUGGUCCUUUCCUUCUCUCUCUCUCUCUCUCUCUGGUUCCAUGGCUUUCCUUCUCUCUCUGCAACUCCCCCAUUCAUACUCGUAAUCUCUCUCUCUCUCUGAGAAUCUCACUCACUCUUUAUAUAUAUAUAAUGAAAGUUAAUGAAUAAGUUCACUUUUCAACUUCUAUACCAGUAAAUGUAUGUCUCAAUUGAUUAUCAGCCUUUUAUAUUUGUAAUAUUUAGUCUGUUGUGUAUCAUCCAUCUGUUGAAUUUUGAGUUAAAAACUGCUCUCAGAACUUUGUUUUUCCAACUGGGUGUAGUGUUCAUGAACUUUCCCAAGUUUUUGAGAUUGCCAUAGAGUUUUGAAAUUCUGGGGAAAAUUUUAAUGUAGCUAGCAUUGAAGUAAUUAGGCUUGUUCAUUUUAUUACUUAUUUAAUUUUUUGGAGAGAGGGAAAAAUCAUAGGCAGUAUGUUGAGAUCUCCAUUACUUACCUAGUGUAUAUUUCUUGAAGUUAAUUGGUGUACAAAAUUUUCAUGACUUGCUGAUGGUGAUUCAGUUGGAACUUCUCAACAUCUUGGUUUGGUGUUCCAUAUCUAUAUGUAAAUCAACUACCCAGAAAGGUAGGAAGGUUGCAAAGAUGUUUUUAUAUCCAAACAUUUGGUCUUGGACUUGGAAAAAAAAACGAAGCUUCCAUGUAUUUUGUGUUAAUUGUAGCAUUACAUUGCCUUCUGAAUUCCAGGACUAAAAGAUUCAUGAAUUUUUUUUUUUUGUGCCCCAGAAACUUUGAAUCAGAGGACAGAAGAACAGUAAGGAGCAAUGCACCUUAUUCUUCAAAGUUCAAUGGCAAGAAGAACAGAAUUUUGUUUACAUAUUCCACUUAUUCAUCAAGGUGGUUUUCUUCUGGGGUGCCAUCAUCCAUGGUUUCUUCAGCUUAUUCUGAUCAAACCAAUAAUAAGAACGUGCCUCCUCCGGUUAAAGCUAUCAGUACCAAAAUGGAAUUCAAUCGGGUGAAUUGUCUUGUGUGGGUAUUGCAUGAGUCUGCUAGGAGCUUUUCCCACACGGUUGAAUCUUUUGAAUUGGCAAGAUGCGGUCCAGAGCUAGCAAUGGCUUGGGUGGGAGUUGAUGUGCAUGCCUGGCAUAAGCGCAUUGCCCAUCAGGUAGCAGUGUAUGCUUUGUUAAGAACUGCAAUUGAACUGGAAUUCUUCCUUUCUCAUGGACGCUGCAACAAUCCUUCUCUAGUUCGUGAGAUCUUGUCCCCAAUAAUAAACUCGAUCGAGCAGAACAUAGAAAGCCAGCUGAAGGCAAGGCACCCAAAAUUGGUUGAAUGGUUUAGAAUGGUGGAACUGCCACGUAUAGCGGGAUUUUUCAUUCCAUUGUUGAAGAAGUGGUCUAUGGAAUAUGCUGGAAGUGGUGUUGCAGGGAUUAUUCUGGCUAUAAGCUGCUGUGUGGCAGUAGGAAAAUUGGGUUCUGGCCAUAUUUCCUGCCCCUUGUUUAUAUCGUCUAUUGAGGACGCAUUAAUAGAGCUCAUGAAUUUGUCACAUAGUCUUGUUUCAGUGGAUAAAUUGCACCAGUUAGCCACUGAGGCAGGUUUUGAACAGGAGUUCCUGUAUAAUUUUGGUACAAAGAUUCUGCCUAGCCAGAAAAGUGAAGAUGUAGAAUUUUGGAUUGGUUUGGCUCAGAAAAAACUCGCUAAAGCAAUUCGCAGAGAAAGUGUAUUUUCAGGCCUUCAGACUUUUCAAGACAAGGUUCAAGAGAGUAAUUGUCUGGCUACUCUAGGAAUUUUUGCAUUUCUGGGAAGAAAAACAAGAUUAUUUUUGUUAGGAAUGGGAAUAAAGGAUCUUGAUGAGCAGGUUAAGGACUUCCUCAGGUACAUCACUCUGCAUUUUUUUUUUAUAACCCUUUUAAACUUCUCAACUUUAUCCUUAGACUCCAGUAGGUUCAAUGCUUUGAUUUCAGUUACUUGGAGUGUGGUAGCCUUUUCAUUUACCCCAAGUUUUCUUCACUCUCUGUGUAUCAACUUUUCAUGGAGGUCAGUUAGUUUCAACACACUUACAAUAGGGAAGGUAAUAUAUGAAAAUAUUCUAAUAUUCAAACUCUCUUUACAGGUAGUAGCUGAUGAAAUUGGAUGGCUUGAUUUUUAUGCUGCAUUUCCUUUGGGAUUCAAUCAAGAGAGAAGGAGGUCCAAACAGCAUGCCAUCCAAGCAGAGAAAGAGAUUAUUUUACAUACUGUUUUUACGGUUUGCUAUGAUGUUUUCUCUGGGUUUGCACAUUUCAGCAGUUCAACUCAGCAGCCCUUAAAUGCAGACUUGUUGGCAUUCUUGCUCCGAAGUCAAAGCCUGCUUACUAGUUGUCUGGAAGACUACUGGGCUGCCUAUGAUAGAUCAGGGUAUGAUAAUGCCGAUUUCUCAAGCAGUCAGCUGCAGAAGAUUGCAGAAAGAAAUGCCCUUGACCAAACACAAUCCAGUGGAACUAAAGACACUACAAGUUCAUCAGUAACCUUGGAUGCACAACAGAAGGUGACUGACUUAAUGGCAAGGAGAAAUCCAGAAAAAAUACCUCAGUCUGGGAAUAAACUGAGCAAGGCUAGCUGCAAAGUGGGGACAGAGACAAGAACCCUGGUGGAGGCAGGAAGGACAGCUGAAUCAGAGGCUCUGCAUCAAAAUUUACUCAGGAAAUCCAGCAUGAAGUUGAUAUCUACAAGCUCUGAUAUAUGGAUGGGCACUCAGCUGCUCUUCAUAGACAUCAUGGCUUCUCUGGAGCUUCUACUAAAGCAAAUGCGUGGCCGCAGGGUUACAGAAAGGGAAAGAAAGAAGCUAAAACAAACACUAGCUGAUAUUGCUUCACUUAUCCCAGUUACAAUUCUAAUGCUACUCCCUGUAUCUGUUGUAGGGCAUGCGGCCAUCUUAGCAGCUAUAAAGAAGUACAUGCCAUCCUUGAUCCCAUCUCCAUAUUCCUCCGAGCGACUGGAUGUUGUAAAACAACUGAAAAGAAGCAAGAAGAUGGAAGUUCAGACACUGAGCAACCAAGAGGAUGCAUCCUCUGCUAUCUCUCAAAAAUAAAUGGUUGAUGCUAACGUGUUGUCCAUUGAUCACUUGAACAUGACAUGUAUACAUUUCUAUGAACAUGUGGAUGCUUACAUAUAUUCAUUGGUGAUGAUCAAA